AUGCUUUCUCCCAUCUGUAGCUACAACGGUCAAACGUACGAAAACGACAUUGCUCUGGUGGAGCUGAAGAAGCUGCCAUUCAAGCAGGAGUGUUUCCGUGAGAAUCCGGCUGUGCGCCCCGUUUGUGUGCCCUGGACCCCCCAUCUAUUCCAGCCCAACCACACCUGCAGCAUCUCAGGUUGGGGACGCACUGCAGAGGGUAAAGCUGCUAAGGUCCUGCUGUGGGCGAACGUCUCCCUGAUCCCAGACUGUGAGCGGUUUUAUGAAGACCGCUUCAAACCAGGCAUGAUGUGUGCGGGAGAUCUGGAUGGCUCUGUGGACUCGUGUCAGGGGGACAGCGGGGGGCCUCUGUUGUGCGAGGAUGAGCUUGGAGUGUCGUAUCUCUGGGGCAUUGUGAGCUGGGGCGACAAGUGUGGAGAGCCAGGCCACCCUGGGGUCUACACACAGGUAAAGAGAGUCUGA